AUGAGCGACAAAGCCGCCUCGUCACCGAAGAAGUCACCAAAGUCUCCUUCGUCAGGAGCCAGUGAAGUUGUGCUGCAUGACGCUGGGCACUGGGCUGCUUUGGCGCAGGAUGAGCAGGAUGACGAUGCCGACUCUUCGCUGGGUGUUGAUACAGAGUCAUCGACGGCUUCGAUGACGUCGAGUAUUCUGAACUAUAGAACUAUAAAAGGACGAACUUAUCAUUCUGAGAGAGGAAAUGCAGAGUAUUGGGCCUCAAACGAUGCACAGCAGAACGAGGCAAUGGAUAUUAUCCACCAUUUUCUGGUUCUCACACUAGAUGGAAAGCUUCAUUUGGCACCGUUGAAGGAUGAUAUCAAGACUGUGCUUGAUGUCGGCACCGGAACAGGUAUUUGGGCGAUUGACUUUGCCGAUGAGCAUCCCCAAACCGAAGUAAUCGGUACCGAUAUAUCUCCCAUCCAACCAAGCUGGGUUCCUCCGAACGUCAAAUUUGAGAUUGAAGACUGCACUCAACCAUGGACCUUCUCCCCCGACUCAUUCGACUUUAUCUACAUGCGAUAUCUCUACGGUUCCAUCAGCGACUGGUUCGCCAUAUUCCAAGAGGCCUUUAGAUCAUGUAAGCCAGGUGGUUGGGUAGAGAGUUUCGAAGCGUCAGCUAUGCUUGAGAGUGAUGAUGAUACUGUUAAGGAGGGUAGUGCGAUGAGCGAGUGGGGCAAGUUUUUUAUCGAAGGUGGAAAAAGACUGAAUCGGACUUUCACCAUCCUUGAUGAUGACUUACAGAGGAAAGGGAUGGAGGAUGCAGGGUUCACUGAUAUUCAGACUCGGGAUUUCAAGGCAAGUAACCCCAGAAAACUCUCCAGUUCAGUAUACCCCGGGACCAUGGCUAACUGGGCAUACAGCUUCCCAUCGGUAGCUGGCCCAAAGAUCCAAAGAUGA